AAAAACAACAUAGCUAGAGAUUCAAAAACAUAACGUUUUGUCAGCCAGUCAGCUUGUGGCAGCUUGGAUGUGGACGUAAGCUGCCACUAAUGUCUUAAAAAUGCAGAGUGGACUUUGAAUUAUUUCUCUCUUGAUAAUCUGCACUUGUCUGUGGAGUGGACUGGAAGACGCACCUGACCGGACUGGAUGUUCUCCAGAGAUGGGAGGAAGCAUUAGAGCAGCGGGGCAGUCAGAGACCGUAGUGUUUAAGAGACGGUGAGAGCAUCGGGAGGAAAGAAUCAAUUUUUUCCUUUUCACUGGUCAGAAAAUGAACAUGUCAGCAAGAGUAGUGUUUGGAAAAGGGAGCCUCACUCCCAAACAGCUCUCAGUCGCCUUUCCUCAGCUAGAUCCUCUGAGGAAAGGCAGCCGGUCCUCAGGAAAGAGGAGGAUGUUCUCUUUUUCUCUCAGAUGUCGACUGGGCAUCAUCAGAGGAAGAGCCAAAGAGCAGCUUCCCGAGGGUGGCUGUGCCAACUUAACAACAACCAUGUUGUGUGGUCUGAGGAGAGACAACAAGAACAGCGUUGGUAAGAGCACUCCACCUCCGAUCAUCAGAGUAACGGGGACUAUGAAGGACCAUACUCAAAGGGGAGCAAAGAGACACCUGACCAAUCACAUUCAUCCCGGAGGCGAAGCCUUUCAGACCUUAAUGCGGACUGUGGAUCUUUGCCUGCAUCUGUGUCUGUCGGCAGAGGAGUAUCGAGGGGUGACCACGGUCGACCUGAUGAAACGGGAAGGCAGCAGCCUUGGCCUAACCAUUUCCGGAGGCUCCGACAAGGAUGGCAAGCCCAGAGUGUCAAACCUACGGCCAGGUGGGCUGGCUGCCAGGAGUGAUCAGUUGAAUGUGGGUGACUACAUCAAGUCAGUGAAUGGCAUCAAUUUGUCAAAGCUUCGUCAUGAUGAAAUCAUCAGCCUGCUGAAGAACAUCGGGGAGCGAGUUGUGCUGGAAGUGGAGUACGAGCUGCCUGCAUUUGUUCAGAACCCCUCAGGCGUCAUAACCAAAACAAUAGAGGUGUGUUUACACAAGGAGGGAAACAGUUUUGGGUUUGUCAUGAGAGGGGGAUUCCAUGAAGACUGGCGGAGGUCACGUCCUCUGGUGGUUACCUGCGUCAGGCCCGGGGGUCCUGCUGACAGAGAGGGCACUUUGAAGGCUGGAGACAGAGUUUUGAGCAUAGACGGGAUGCCUUUGAACAGAGAGAGGCACGCUGAAGCUUUGACCAUGCUGAUGCAGAGCAGCCAGGAAGCUCUGUUCCUGAUUGAGUACGACAUCUCUGUCAUGGAGGCAGUGCAACAGGCCUCCGGCCCUCUGCUGGUGGAAAUAGUUAAAGGUCCAUCAGCCAACCUGGGAAUCAGCCUCUCUACAACAAUAUACAGGAGCAAACAAGUCAUUAUUAUCGACAAGAUAAAACCAGCCAGUGUGGUGGAAAGGUGCGGCGCGCUGCACAUAGGGGACGUUCUCUUGUCCAUCGAUGGCACCAGCACGGAGCACUGCUCCCUGAUGGAGGCGACACAGCUGCUAGCAAGUACCUCUGACGUAGCCAAAUUAGAGAUUCUUCCGGCCACCCAGAGCAGACUUCCCAACAGGCCACAAGACACAGUAAAAGUGCAGAAAAGCAACCAUCAUCCCUGGGAUCAAAGCAGCAACUACUGCCAACCCCCACAUGCCAGCCACAGCAAGACAUGGAGCAGCCCCAGCCACCCACACAACCAGCAGGACCACUGCAAAUCUCUGGUGGGUGGUGGCUUUUCCCCUUCUUCCACAGCCACUUCAGGCUUCAGCAGUCAGGGCAGCAACACCCUGCCAUGCCCCAUCCCUCCUGUUGCCCCCACGAGCCCUCGCGGGUCAACAGGCAAGAGGAGGAACAGGAAGAAGGACCACAAGAGCUCAUUAUCCCUGGCAUCCAGUUCCGUCGGCCCAGGGGGGCAGGUUUUUCAUGUGGAAACAGGCGAGGUCGUGCUGAGGGGGGAUCUGCUCACCGGUUUUGGGAUCCAGCUACAGGGGGGUGUCUUUGCUACAGAAACGCUCUCGGCUCCCCCGGUCAUCCGCUUUAUUGAGCUCGACAGCCCAGCAGAGAGGUGUGGGCUGUUGCAGGUCGGUGACAGAGUGUUGUCCAUUAAUGGGAUCCCAACCGAAGAUGGCACUUUGGAGGAGGCUCAUCAGCUGCUCAGAGACUCCGCUUUGUCUAAUAAGGUCAAUGUGGAGAUUGAGUUUGACGUUGCAGAAUCAGUGGUUCCAAGCAGUGGCACCUUCCAUGUUAAAUUGCCCAAGCGAAGAGGAGUGGAGCUGGGCAUCACCAUCAGUGCGAGUAAGAAACCUGGAAAGCCCCUCAUCAUCUCUGACAUCAAAAAGGGAAGCAUAGCACACAGGAGAGGCGGCUAUCAGGAGCCAGCUAAUAGUUGUGACCCUCCCGCUCUUGUGUCCGCUAGAACAGGCACUCUGGAGCCCGGAGACAGGCUGCUGGCCAUCGACUCAGUGCGCCUGGAGAACUGCACCAUAGAGGAUGCCAUGCACAUCCUGCACCAGGCCGAGGACAUGGUCAAACUGCGAAUCCAGAAGGACGAGGACAACAUCGAUGAGUUGGAGAUGUCAGGUUCCAUCAUCUACACUGUUGAGCUGAAGCGGUAUAACGGACCACUCGGCAUCACAAUUUCCGGCACAGAGGAGCCUUUUGACCCCAUUGUCAUCUCUGGCCUCACCAAAAAAGGUCUGGCUGAGAGGACUGGGGCGAUCCAUAUAGGGGAUAGAGUCCUGGCUAUCAGUGGGGUGAGCCUGAAGGGAAAGCCGCUGAGUGAGGCCAUCCACCUGCUCCAGAUGGCCGGGGAGUCAGUCACCCUCAAGAUCAAGAAACAAGCUGACCAUUCUGAGGGUCGACAGCCUCCAGAUAGAGAAGCCUUGUUUUUAAGUGACCCAGAGGAUGAACUGACAGACUCGCAGAAAACCAGCAAACGGUCAGAGAUCUACUCUGCCACUGUGCCCAGCAUAGACUCGGCCAUGAGCUCAUGGGACAGCUCAGGUUUUGAUGCAGGCUACAUUAGCCAAGGGACAUAUUUGCACAAAGCGUCUGAAAUUUUGCUAAAUCCACACGAGUGGAGGCGUCCAAAGCACAGGGGUCACACUACUUCUGGAUCUUCAGGCUUAGUCCACAACGCAGCGCUGUACGAUGAGAGAUUCACUGAAGAUGAGUGGGACAAGAUUCCUGGAUUCGUCAGCCCCCCUCGUUGCCAUGGCACCUUAGACAAGGAAGAGAGUUUGUGGUCUCAGGCGCUGCAGGACCUCGAGACCUGCGGCCAGUCAGAGAUACUCAGAGAACUGGAGGCAUCAAUGACAGGCAGUGCUCUUAGUCUGUACCUUGAAGAGACCAAGACGAAUGAAGACUCGAUGUUUCACUCUGAAAUUAGUCCCCUAAAGAAGGAGGGAAUCCACAGCCAGUCUAAAAACAAAAGCAACCUGAACAUGUCAGCUUCAGCCAGAGAGGUACCAACCAGGACUAAAGAGGACCCCUCUGAAAUCUUGUCCCCUACAGCCUUGGCACUACUCAAGGUGUCAAUAAGGAAGGACCCUGUGAGCCAUGACUUUGGUUUCAGUGUAUCAGACGGACUCCUGGAAAAAGGAGUUUACGUGAAUAUGAUCAGGCCCGACGGCCCUGCUGACCAAGCAGGUUUAAAACCUUUUGACCGCAUUCUGCAGGUGAACCGUGUAAGGACCAGGGACUUGGACUGUUGUCUAACUGUGCCCCUAAUUAUGGAGGCUCGAGACUGCCUGGAUUUGGUCAUUAGCAGGAAUCCACUGGCAGCCACAGACACGGAGCUGCCCAGAGACUGUGACCCUUCAAACUCACUGUUCUGCUUUUCCAACCAUAGGAUGAACAGCAUCGUCCUGUGA